AAUUUUAUUUAUUAUAUUUAUAAAGUAUAAUUAUGAAUUUGAUAUCACAUGCAAAAUAUUACAGCAUCCAAGUAGAUAUCUGUUAAAUGUAAAUUCAUUGCAGAGUUCAGGUAGUGCAUCCAAAAGGGUGCAAAUGCUAUGAAUGCCCCCAAGAACUAAAAACAUUAAGCUAAAUAAUUUUAUUACGCUAAUAAUUGUAAUAUGUUUUAAUGCAAGCUAAGGUUGUCUAUAAUUUUUCUAUUAUACAUUUCUUAAAAUUAAUGUUCUUAGUUCUCAAAUGUUAGUAAGUUGUUUUACACUUCCGCACUAUUUUUUUUAUUUUAAUUGCCAGUAUUAAAUAAACAAACAAUCAGCAUGACACAGGAUAUCAAAAAUAUUGUGAAAAAAAUCUUUACUUUUUAAACACAUUGUUCCUGACUCAAAAAUUUGCAUUACAUCCAUUUUAAAAGUUUUUUAAGUAUCUUUAUAGGAGCUUGUUUUGUCAUUGACCCAAAUACAGACACUGUACAAACACAGUAUUUUUUAAUGGCCAAAGUACAAGCAGUGUCUGGCUUAUAAUUACCUUUAAAAUAGCAAUACAGCUUCACUACAUAACCCAAGGUUUGUAAUAACACAGACAAGACAGCUCUGUUCAUCAAAGAAAGAUGAAGUUUGAAGAUCUUCUUACUGACAUCAAUGGCUUUGGCAGGUUCCAGGCAAUGAUUAUUUGCAUUGGCUUUGUUGGGAGAUUUACUCUUCCAUGUCACUUCCUGCUAACCAACUUUAUCGCUGCCAUCCCAUCUCAUCACUGUGACAUCAGCCACUUGGAUGCUGAUGGGAUAUUCGGGAAUCUGACUCGGGAGGAGAGACUGACUGUCAGUAUUCCAGCACAGGAAGAUGGGACUCCUGCUUCCUGUCACAUGUUCUCUUAUCCUCAGUUUCACCUGCUGUCAAACUCAUCCAGCACCGCAGAUCUUCCUGUAGUUCAGUGUCAGAAUGGAUGGGAGUAUGAUAACAGUACAUUCAUCAGCACUCUGGCCACACAGUGGAAUCUGGUGUGUGAUAAUAGAGGGCUGAAUAAAGCAGUUGCCACCAUCUUUUUUGUCGGAGUGAUGUUUGGAGCAGUUUUCUUUGGAGGCCUGAGUGACAGAUUUGGGCGUAAGCCGAUGUUGCUGGUGUCGUAUGUAUUAGGAAUGGUUUUUGCAGUGGCCAGCGUUUUUUCAUCCUCCUUCAUCAUGUUUGCAGUGCUGAGAUUCUUCACUGGAUUUACCAUCACUGGCAUCAUCAUCAUCUCAUCUGUACUCAAUGUGGAGUGGGUUGACAUUCAGCACAGACGAUUGGUGUGUGUUAUUGACAGUAUAGCAUGGGCUUGUGGAAGCACCUCUUUAUCUCUGUUUGGAUUCUGUGUCAGAGACUGGAGAUGGUUGACAGUGGCCGUCACUUCACCUUUACUUCUGUGCACAAUCCUGUGGUGGUGGUUGCCAGAGUCAGCUCGAUGGCUGAUAGUCAAUGGAAAGACACAAAAAGCUCAUUAUUAUCUUCAUAUAUGUGCCGUUAUGAACCGUAGGGAGAAAGUUUUCUCAAGAAUCCAACCUGAGACACUCUCAAGCAUGCUAACUACAGACACAGAAAAAAGAAACCAUUCUUACCUGGAUCUCAUCAGAACCCCUAAAAUGAGGAAACUAGCUUUGCUCACAGGGACCAUAUGGUUUUGCGUUGCCACUACCACCUAUGGAAUAAGCCUUAACAUCACAGGCUUUGGUCUGAACAUGUACCUGACUCACUUUGUGUAUGGAGUUAUUGAGAUUCCUGCAAAACUUAGCAUCUAUUUUCUGCUCGAAAAAAUAGGCAGACGCAAAACAGAAGCUGGAGCUCUGCUAUUCGUUGGAAUCAGUCUCAUGAUUAACAUAUUCAUACCCAAAGAUCAAUGGGUUGGUCGUACUGUGGUAGCUGUACUAGGAAAAGGUUUUGCUGUUGCUUCUUUUGCUACAAUUAUAUUAUACAGCUCUGAGCUUUACCCCACUGUUCUCAGGCAAAAUGGGCUGGGCUAUAACUCUUUCCUGGGUCGUCUGGGUGUGGCUUUGUCUCCUCUAGUCCUGCUAUUGGACAGUAUUUGGGGGUAUCUCCCGCAGAUCACCCUCUGUUCUGUGGCACUCUUUGGUAGUCUGGUGGCUUGGCAGUUACCCGAGACACAAGGCAGGUGUCUACCUGAGACCAUAGAGGACAUUGAGGGUACUGGGAAGAAGCUCAUAAAAGAUUAUGAAAAGCAGGACGAAGCUGAACAAAUUAUGACAAAUGAAAAAUGACAGUGACACCCCAGUGAUAGUUUGAUAGAUUGUAUUUUAUGUUGUGUUAUCAAAUAAAUAUUAUGCACCAAU